AUGGGUUCGAAACAGAUUGCGCAGGAAACGUUUGAUGAUGCCGUGCAAGAAAACAUUACAGAAUUUGAAAUGGAUCCCGAAGAAGCUGUGAGAGAAGCUGUGCAGCAGUUUGAGUCCCAAGGUGUUGACCUAAGCAAUAUUGUGAAAGCUGUUCGGCAGCCUGCCUCUGAAAAUGGUCAAAAGCAUGAAAUUUUGCUGACUUUAGAUUCCCUGGGGAGAGCCGUGGCUGACGCUGAUCUGGCCGAGAUGGACAACCAGCUCGUGGUCUUCACUGAGCAGUGCAAAGAACAGCUGGCGUUCCGCGCCCUGGCUGGGCAACGUGGUGCCUACUCCGUGGUGUUCUCUGCCUGCCAGUUGGCUUCAGGAGACAGGAAUUUAAUGCUGCAAGCCUUUUAUACUCUGUCUGCCAUCCUGGAUGGGCAGCCAGACCUACUUGAUGCCGCUGGCCAGGAUCUCUUGCUGCAGACUCUGAGAGAGUAUAGGGAGGAUGCGGAAAUGACACUGGCCGGGAUCCGAUGCGUUCGGCAUGCCUGCCUGAAACACGAGCAGAAUCGUCAGGACUUUGUGAAAGGUGGGGUUCUCCCCGUUCUGACUGGAGCUAUUGUCCAGCACGGAGGCAACGCCGAUGUCGUCCGAACGGCCUCCUCAGCGCUCAGGAUCAUGACGUUCGAUGAUGACAUCCGCGUGCCCUUUGGGCAUGCUCACGAUCAUGCCAAAAUGAUUGUGUUGGAAAACGAUGGGUUAAGAGUCCUCAUUGAAGCUGCAAAAGCAUUCACAGAUAACUCCAGUGUUCUCAGUGAACUCUGUGCCACCCUUUCUCGCCUCUCUGUCAGGAAUGAAUUCUGUCAAGAAAUUGUGGACCUUGGUGGCCUAAACUUGAUGGUGUCUCUCCUGGCUGACUGCAUCAACCAUCCGGACGUGGUGAAGCAGGUGCUGAGCGCCAUCCGGGCGGUUGCGGGUAACGACGACGUGAAAGAUGCCAUCGUUAACGCUGGGGGAACGGAUCUCAUUGUGCUGGCUAUAAGCCAUCACCUUACCAACCCUCAGAUCUGUGAGCAGGGCUGUGCAGCCUUGUGCAUGCUGGCAUUGCGCAAACCGGAGAACUGCAGCGCCAUCAUGGAGGGUGGAGGGGCGUUGGCAGCCCUCGAGGCCAUGAAAGCGCACCCCCGAGAAGUGGCCGUACAGAAACAGGCGUGCAUGCUGAUCCGCAACCUGGUCUCCCGGAGCCGGGACUUUUCUCAGCCCAUCUUAGAGAUGGGAGCCGAGAACCUGAUAACAGAAGCUCGUGCAGCACACAAGGACUGCGACGAUGUGGCCAAAGCUGCGCUGAGAGAUCUGGGCUGCAAAGUGGAGCUCCGAGAGCUGUGGACAGGUCAGAAGGGGAGCCUGGCUCAGUGAGCCAGCACUCCACCGAGCGCUGGAGCUUCGAGACAUCUACGGAUGUGAUGGCGGGGGAA